AGGAGGAGGAGGACAUAACUCUGUCAAAAGGACACUAGAGGACAGGAGUGGGAGAAGAGGACGAGGAAGGAGAGAGAGGAAAAGGGAGCGCAAGAAGCAGGUGUUGCAGCCAUGUCAGACACACCUUUGCAGCGGAACGGAACGGCAAACGCCCCGAUGUCGUGUGAGGAGGCUCAACUCCACAAAGAGAGGCUGCAGGCCUUGGCGGAGAAACGGAAGCGGCAAACUGAAAUUGAAGAUAAAAGAAGUCAGCUCGAUGACCUGCUGCUGCAGCUGCAACAUGUCAAGUCCAAAGCUAUGCGUGAGCGGUGGCUGCUCCAGGGCAUGGGAGUGGAAGAAGAGGAGGCACGGCGGAAACAGCUGGAACAAGAUGAAGAGCAAGUGAAGAGGCUGGAAGACAUGAUACACAGGCUUGAGUCUGAAAUCGGUGCACUCGAAAGUGAAGAGUCUCAGAUUUCAGCCAAGGAGCAAGUUCUUCGAGAACGCCUGAAGGAGACAGAGCGCUCGAUAGAAGACCUGCAGAAGAGUCUGAUGUUGCAGGAUGAAGAUGCCACUGGCUGCAUGUCUGCUCCUCUCUCGGACCGCAUGGACCCCGAUCCCAACCACCUCGCCCUGGCCACGCAGCACCAGACCGGCCCACCUGCCCUGGGCGACAACGCCAGACCAAGACCUGCCAUGUUUGCCAUGGAGAUCAACGUGCAGCACGACCCGCAGACGGGUGAGCAGCGCAUCCUCUCGGCCAACCGCGUGAACCCGUUGGAUGCAGCUUCACGUGGGGUCAAAGUCUACGACGAUGGCAGAAAAGUGGUCUAUGAGGUCACUUCCUCUGGGGGCGUGUCCACCACCACCGUAGAGAAUGGCUGGAGCUCUGAACAGGUUGACCAGCUAAUCCAGAGAGCUGCCAGACCUGUAGUACGAGGCGGGGACGGCGGGAGGGGUCAGGUGACAGUGACUCCAGCUGCCCCACAGGCGUACGUUUCUCCAGCAGAUGUUGAUGAUCUGUCCCCACCCUCCUGUGCCCCGCCAUCCAUCCCUUCUAGCCCACCAGCCCAGGUUACACUCCAGAGGGAAACCCGUCUGGGCAUGAUGCCCCCCUCCUCUGCUGCUGUCACGACCCAACCAACAUCCUCAGGCCACCCGGGCACCGAGCUCACUUCCCCGCCCCAGGCCAGCGUGGAGCACCCAGUCACCAUGGUGUUCCUCGGCUACCAGGACGUUGAAGACAUGAGCGAGAGCAGACAACUGUUGGGAUUCGACGGCGCUGUGAAGGCUGAGGUUGUUCUCAUCGAUGAAGAUGAUGAGAAAUCACUGAGAGAGAAAACAGUCACCGACAUUUCCAUCAUCGACGGCACAGCAGCAGACCUCGUGUCGGGCCGGCCAGUCACAUCUGAAGCUGUCAGCACCGAACUGUCUUCUGAUGGCCGUGAGCCUGACAGUACCUCCUCACCCCCUGCAAAUCCAGAAGCCAACACGGUCCCCCCACCCGGCCUCACCCCUGCUACAGUCUACAAUCAGACAUCUGGAGUUACUUUGACAACAGCAAAUGGAUGCCAAUCUCCCACUGCAAACACAAAUCUUCAUACUGCUAUGAAAUCAUGGCAAGCAGAGGAUGUCAGUGACUCAGUCCCGAGAGAGCGAGCCCUGAAAACUGUCAGUUUCCAGGAGUCAGUCAGCGUCAUCACUGACAGGCCUGUAGCCAUGGAACUGGAGAGCCAGCAGAUCCAGCACGACUGUCUCAGCAGUCCCAGUAACAGAGCCCACAGUCCAGUUGGAAUGAAAGUAGAGACUCCUGACAGUGAGGUAGUGCAGGAGAUCUGCUACCUGGACCAGGUGUUAGAUGCAGCCUCAGACACACCCACAAAUGGGAACUCCUCUCUGUCGUGUCACACCAAACCCAUCAGCAUAGAUGGAACUUCUCCUUCUGUGUGUGUGUCACCCUCCUCCCCUGUCAAUCACCACUCGAUCGUUGUGGAGGGACAAAAACAAACCACGUUUCUCCACCAGGACGAGUCUGCCGUUAAAACCAACGGGCACGCGCAGAGAGACGAGUCUGGGGGCGGCAGGGCAAAGUUUGAGCUGCGAGCAUUUCAGGAGGAGAAACGCCCGGCCAAGCUGUUCACCCCCGGAGAGGAGCAGCAGGUCAGGGUGACGAGGAGACGUCCCUCAGAGGAGGUUCAGGAAUUGGAGCGUGAGCGUCAGGAGCUGAUCAGAGACCAGGCAGUGAAGAAAAACCCUUCGAUUGCCCAGCGCUGGUGGAACCCUCCUCAGGAGAUCCCUUUGGAAGAACAGCUAGAGGCAGAUAAGCUCGAGUCUCUCAGGAGGUACCAGGAGAGGAAACAGCAGCGACAUAAUCACACUUAUGCAUACACACAGCCUCAGGUGUCAGGCCCUCCCACAGUGGUAACCCUUGAUUCGGAGCUAUCCAGGAAGGAGGACAUCGUGGAGGAGCAGAUCAACUUCUCCUCUGCUAGGAAGCAGUUUUUGCAAGGGGAGGCUACCAAGAAGGAUGUAGCUCCUCAAAUAUACUCUGCCAAACCCUUCUCGAAAUCCACAGCCAGGGGCAGCCAUGGGAGCAGUGACAUUGUUGCAGAAACUGGGGAGACGCACGUGACCUGGUCUGAUGAAAGAACUAAAGAUGAAUUCACAUGUGCGCUAGCUGUGAUGACAGUCCUACCUGAGGAAGAGGAAGCAAAAGGUCAUUUCCAUCCAGCUUUUCACCCAGAGGAGUCUGACUCAGGACUGGACGAGUUAUCAGUCCGCUCUCAGGACACUACUAUAUUUAGCUUGGAUAAUAUUUCUGACAGCGGGGCUUCGCUACCCCCUACCCCAUUGCCACUUACCCCUGUGUCACCACCUACCCCUCAGCCAACUACUCCAGUCAACGGGCAGAUGAGUGGCAGUCCAACAGAAGAUGAGCUGGAGUACCACGCUGGGGUUCUUGUUCAAAAUGCCAUCCAAAAUGCCCUAGCAGCUGAAAACGUAGAAGACUGGCAGCAAGCUGACUUGAAUUCUUCACAGCUGAGUACCCCUACAUCUCCAUGCUCUGUAUCCACAAGCAGCCCAGUGCCAGUUUCUUCCUCCCCUGUGUCUUCUGGUGGAGCCCCCAGUUUCCAGUCACCUGUGUCCUCCAGUCCUGCGCCAUCCAACUCAUCCCCACAGCCAGACAGGCAGCCAGUGGUGAGAGUUGUUUCCCAAGAGAAGCCAUCAGAAUCACAAGAGGCUCAGAAGCAACAGCAGUCCCCAAGACCAGCACAACAGCUCCAGACGCCUUCUCCUCCAUCUGAUGCUGGCAGUGAGGACUCUGGAGGAUCACGACCCAAAAACUUCAUGCAGACUCUUAUGGAAGACUACGAAACACACAAAGUGAAGAGGAGAGAGAAAAUUGAGGACAACAGUUAUGCCCGUUUGUUGCUGGCUAACGAGGUAACCACUGAGGUUCUGGAGGCCACUCGUGUGACCAGGAGGAAAAGCGACAUGGCUCUGAAGUGGGAAGCCGGCAUCUAUGCCAAUGAGGAAGGCAAGGAAGAAGAGGAAGAGGAGGAAGAAGAGGAGGAGGAGGAGUAAAAAACUCCCUUCAGAGACAACUAACAGGCCAAUUGGAGAGAAUGAAGGAAGAGAAAGACUGAAGGAAAAGUGAGAAAGCAGGAAGGAAAACUAUUUAUUUUAUUGAGCUUAUCUGAAGAUCACAUGACCCCAGCAGUGUGAACCAGUGGGGCUUUUUGGACCUGAAAACUGAAGGUAUAUUAGCAUGUUAAGUGGCUGAGGAAGUGGGAAAUAUGUGAAGGUGGUCAGCAAUGAAAGAGACACUUCAAAGGUGUUUGAUGGUGGUUUUAGAGCGAUGUUUAGUGUUUUUAAUAGCUGGUAGAUGCUAAAUGACUGAAAUAUUCUUAGGAUUUUUCACCUUUAUGCUAUUAUUCAAAUAAGAUCUAAAGCUUUUAUUUUGACUGGUUGCCUGAGACUCUCUGAUGGUGGUUUCAUCUGCGCGUGCUAUAUAAUAACCGCAGUCAUCUUCUGAAAGUGUGGCUGAAAGCUUUUAAUCAAGAGGACAAUAUAAAAGUUAGGCAGAUGCAGCUAUUCAAAGAAAAGAAAGUUCUGAGAGGAAGUAGACAAGGAGAGGCCAGAUCACCCUCUUAUUUUGUGUAAUUUCAGAAAUACUUUUACCUGGAUUUACUGCUGGAAAGCUACUGUGUUUUCCAGGAACCGAACCGAAAGGUGCCCCAAAGCGUCACUUUCAGAGCCCAUAAUGGCACAGUGCAGAUAUGACACAAGUUUGACACGCUUGCCAGGAGCUUUUGCCUUCUUGUCAAGCAUCUUUACUGAAUUUUGAGCGGUCAGCAUCCUUUUUGUGUUAAAUGCUAGUCAAGAAAUUUGCAAAACUAGCAAAACUAAACUUGCCUUAGACCGCCAGUGCUUGUCUGUACACGGUAUGUAUUGUAUCCUCUCCUAUCCUACAUUACUACACUGUCGGUAGACCUUAGGGAAAAUAAGCAACCACCUUAGAUAGAAAGUUUGCCUGUAAUCGCUUCUUUUCCAGUGCAAACAGAAAGAAUGAGGGGGGGGGGACCUACCUGCUGGUAGUGCUUGCACCAUUUGAGUGAAUGUGUGUGUUAAUUAAAGGGCUGGGUCAGGGGUUUUAUAUUAAAAAAAAUCACUUAUUUUACUUUUGUUGGCUACGUGGCUUUGUUGACCUGUGCUUUCUGAUGAUGUAAGCAGUUGUUUCAUGUAUUAUACUGAGGUAGGACUGUGUAUUUGACCUAUGAACGUCUGUAUCUACUUGCUAGCCGAGGAUAAAGUUUGAUGAAAAAAAAUAAUCAAAAAAGGUUUUUAUAAGAAGUCGUUAUACCAAAACAGAAUGCUAUUUAGAGAAAACCCACCAGCCUGAGCUCUCCGCGUCCUUUUUAAGGCGUACAAGUGUGCGAAUGGAUUCACACUCCUUUCCUAACCUGAACCAAGCACAGCUAAAAAAAAAAGUGCAGUGGCAAAAAGAAGGCAAUAAAGGUCUUUUGAGACGCUGAGCUGUGCUGUAAGUUGGGCUUGUAAGGGUUUUUUUUGUUUUUUUACUAACUGUAUUGUGACUGAAUUUUGCAGAAUGACAUUGAUUUUGUGUUUUGAAGUGUUGAAAUCAUACAAAGUGACGAGGAAAAACAGGAUUCAGCUUCAAGAGUAAAACAGUAAAUACACUUUAACACAACCACACUUCUCCCUGGAGUAUAACAGACUGUCUUUAAUUUAAAAUGAAAAGUAGAAAUGUGUCAAACUGGCUGUGGAAACGGUAUUUCUGGACAACUUUUGAUUGUAUUCCUCUGUCGUAGCCUGUGAGAUUCGUUUCUGCGUCCAGAUGUGAGGAGAAACAAAAGCGUUUUUGUAAACCAAAAGUCACAGUUUUGACCUGUCCAAGUGCCCUUCAGCAAGGCAGCAACUUCUCUCUUUGCUUCCAAACACACUGAAUGUACGCUGAGCUAAACCACAGAUGUAAUUGCUGGACAUCUACUAAUCUAUCAAGUCAAGCCACCCUUUGCAACUUAUUCCACUCGGCUGUCUUGUGAUAUGCUUUGUCAAGAAAGCGUGGCACAAACGCCAUAAACCAAAAGUGAAAAUCAAGGACUCAUGCCUCUGCGGUGUCCACUUCCACCAAACCCGAAACAAAUAAUAUUAAAACCCACACAUAUGUUCCAGAGAAUCAUCCAAGUUCUCAUUUCAGGGUCUUCUGUGGUGCAGCAGAGGUGCAGUGUCUUUAACGCUGGUAUGAGAUUAUUUUUGACUUAAAGGCUAAAAGACAACAAGACGGAAAAGGUUUUCAUCCUUGUGGGAACCAAUCAAAGUUCUCAUUAGAGUCGCUUAUGAAACGUACACACAGAGGAAUUAAUGAAUGGUGUGAUUUAUUAUUAUUAUUAUAAUUAUUAUUAUUAUGCUUUUGAUGUUUGAAUUUAUGGUGCAGAGACGAUUUUAUUUAUCAUUUUAAAUGCUGGUAGCUUGUUUUCGGCCUACAGAGCUUCUCCAGUGUGGGACUCACUGUCUGUGUGUGUGAUAAAGCAAUCUUAUUACUACAAUAUAAACACAGUAUAACCCCUGUUCCUAUGUUAACCACUUGUAUGCUCAUACUCUGCUUUGUUAUUUUAUAGCACAUGUAAGGCUCACAGUUACACACCCACUAUACAUAUUAUGAAUAUUUUCUCAUUAAAAACAAAACCUGUA